AAGUAAGUACCAUAGUGGCAGUGAUAUAGUACCACACUAUAUUAUAGCACGUGCUAAAGCUAAAUGCUUAUUACUUUGAUUCGAUAAAGAAAUAAAUUUAUAAUAUUUGUUAAAGAUUUGCUAAUUUUUAUUUUUACAUAGGUAGCAAAAACUAAUUUAGAUCAUGGUUGUAUUCACUUGUAACAAUUGUGGUGAUUCAGUAAAUAAGCCUAAAGUGGAGAAACACAUACAAUAUGAAUGCAAACGUAAGAAUUUUGCAGUUAGCUUCUGUUGCGUUGACUGUUUAAAGGAUUUUAAUUAUGAGACUGUAAAAGAUCAUUGUCAGUGUGUCACUGAAGACCAGAGAUAUUCUGCAAAAGGCUAUGUACCUAAACCAUCAGCUGAAAAAGGAAAACGUAAACAAGCUGGUUGGGUUGAUAUUGUUCAAUCAGUAAUGAAUAAUAAAGAUUUGCCUAAUGAACAAAGACAAUUUUUGAAUAUUAUAGCCAAGUUUGAUAAUGUCCCAAGAAAAAAAAAUAAAUUUCAGAACUUUUGUUUUUCUACCGCUCCUGCUUAUAGAAGAAAAGGAUAUAUAGUAGACCAAGUUUUUGAUAUGAUAGAAGCUGAGUAUAAAGCACAACAAUCUCAGAAUUCGAAUGAAAAAACAGUUGAUAAUAAAUCAAAGGAUUUAGAGAAGAAUGACUCAACUCAAAAUGAAACUGAAGGAAUUGAAAAAAAAAUGAACAUUGAAAACAAUGAAAUAGUUACAAGUUUAAAUGGUGAUGAUAAAACAGAGGAGCCACCAAAAAAAAAGAAAAAAAAAAGUAAAAAAUCUCUUGAUGCAGAAAAUGUCACUGAAGAAAAAUUGGAUGUAAAUUGUAGUGAGGAAGCACCAAAAAAGAAAAAAAAAAGUAAAAAAUCUCUUGAUGCAGAAAAUGUCGAAACAGAAAUAAAAACAGAAGAAAAUGUUGAACCAAAAUCAGCAAAGAAAAAGAGCAUACUAGAAAUUAACUCUGGCACUGAAGAUAUUUUAAAUGUAAAAGAUAAGAACACAGCAGAAGCUCAGCUAAGCUCAUCCAAAAAAUCUAAGAAAAAUAAAAAUAAAUCAGAAAUAGAAGUAAAUAAUGAUACAACUCUUAAUGUUGUUUCAAAAACUGAAAAUAUAUGUAAAGAUAAUGGGGAAAAUGGAAUUCUUCAGGAAAAAUCAGAAUUACAAAUGAGCAAAAAAGAGAAAAAAGAAAUGAAAAAAAAAUUAAAAUACCAACAAGAAUUAACAACUGUUUCCAAUGGCAUAAUAGAAUCAGAUAAAGAACCAAUUUUAAAAAAGAAAAAGAGGAAGUUAACUAACAAUGAAGAAAAUGAAGAACCACAACAAAAAAUUUUGAAAACUGAAAAUAUCCCCCAAGUUCCAGAAGUACAGUCUGGGCGUAAAUUUGAGUGGAAUGAAGCUAUAAAUCAAGUAUUGCAAACAAAAAAAAACAAACCAAUGUCAUUAAGUAAAGUAAUGAAAAGAGUUAUGUGUGAAUUUCAUUUUUUGAAUGAAGCUAAAAAGUCUGAAAAUGAUCUAGAGAAGAUAUUUUUGAAAAAAAUUAGGAAGAUGAAAAAUGUUAAGAUUGAAAAUGAUAAGGUACAAUUAGUAGAAUGUUAAUUUAGUAUUUUGUAUUUUAAUUUAAGACUACUAAUAAAUAACUUAAUAUGAUACCAUUAAA